GGGAGGGAGGAGAGGGAGGAGAAGGUCAGUGGGUUGGUGACAUUGUGGGCUCAUGUUGCCCCCCCGCGACCUCAUGGUCAUUAAUUGAUGAGACAACCAAUGUCAGGUUACAGCAGACUGUCCUUCGUCACGCAAACCCUCACUGCAUGCCUCUGGCCAUCCUCAUAAUUACCGCACAUGCACACACACACACGCCCGUAUGAACUCACACUCACACUCACCCCCCGCUCCGAUACCUUCCUGGUCAGCCACCUACACACACACACGCACACGCACACACACACACACACACACACACACACACACACACACACACACACACACAAACACGCACACCCACGCCCCCACACACGCAAACAAACACACAUAUAUGUCAUGCACACACAUUGGGUAGAGUCAGGUAAACUGAAGUCAACUGCUCCUGUCAAACACACUUAGUGUCUGCUCAAUUUAAUAUGUUUUAAACUCAACUUUGUCCAACCUAUGCUACUUAUUUUAUUUGCACAUUAGCACACAAUAUGGCUCGGUAAACAACAGCACGGCAUCGUGACGGCCUCGCCUCUGUCUACCCUUUUAUUCCCAUUGCAGUGAACUAAUGUCAUUUCACUAUUGCAUAAAUAUGGGAUUAGAGCAGGAAGCCUCUGUCUGUUGUCUCGCCUAAUGAAAUGUCUCGGGAGGGAUGCGAUUACCUCCCCGGAUAUGCCUACUGUCACUGUAUUUCGCACACCCUGGGUUGUUGCCUUUGAAAAUAGAAAACAACCCUAUAGUCGGGUGGACUGACAGCAGCGGCAAGCGCAUAUGUAAUCAAUCCAUGCAAUGGUUAUUUAGUUAUACGAGCCAUGGGUAUCUUUCACAUUCAUCAAUGUCAAGUUUGUUUCCUUUAUCUUCUUUCAAACUGAUAUGCUUGUGUAAGCACAGAGAUGCAAUCUCCCUGUACUUUGGGAUAAUAAAGGUGGCAACACAGCUAUUAUAGAGCAAGUGUCAAUCAAUGCUGGGUGCAAAUAGGGCUUUCUGUUAGAGCCAAAUUGAAUUUCAUUGUGUUUUUUAGCAUACGAAUACGAUGGCAAAUACACAGUCAAUAAGACAUUACUAAAAGAUGUUUAAGCCAUUGAAUCAUUACAUUAAAAAAUUUGAGGAUGGUAAGACGUAUAUACAACUGAAAAAACCCAGUGUGUUGAAACAUAUAAAUGCAACAUAGCUUUGAUAUUCUAACCUCUUGUCUCAGUCUAACCACAGCUGUCAAUCAAUAUGUCGUCUAGCUGGUGGACUAUGAGCUUAGCUACGGACACGCAGCAUGUCUGUGUGUUCAUGCACAUGGUGUGUAUGUUUGUGUGUGUUUUUCAUGUGUGUCUAUGUCUAGUCUCUAGGGCUAGCUUGUCAGUCCGAUGACUGGCAACCAAUACCUGAUAGAUGAAAGGAAAUGAGGUUUCAAAUAAUCCAUUCUUCAGCGAAGCUUGGAACAAUGAGUCCAUACUAAAAUAAGCCUUGGGUGAGGGCCGAGACUUUAAACUCCCUGACAGGAGGAUGGAGAGAGAGACAACAAAAUAACAGCUGUAUACUUGUCUUUGUAAGAACAUGCUUUAUUUGUGCUUCACAUCUGCUUACUCUGAAAAUAGGUAAUGCUCCAGAACCAAAUCAUGUGAGACUAUAAAUGACUCAUGACUCAACUUAUUUUUUUCAAAAUCUUUUAAAGGUCAAUGCUGCCUGGUUAAGUGGUUUUGAACAAAAUAAAAUAACGCUCCUUAGUUCAAGGUUUCCACAGCAAAAAAUGUUAUUCAAAGAUCUCAAACUGCUGUUUUCCCAGGAUCCUUCGGUGCAGAAGAUGGGGGCUGGGAGAAAGAAGACGGUGUCCUUCAGCAGCAUGCCCUCUGAGAAGAAGGUCAGCAGCUCCUCGGACUGCCUGGCCUUCAUGCAGGGCGGCUGCGAGCUGAAGAAGGUGCGGCCCAACUCCAGGGUCUACUGCCGCUUCUUCACCCUGGACCCGGACCUGAGCUGCCUGCGCUGGGAGCCUUCCAAGAAGGACGGGGACCGGGCGCGCCUGGACAUCUCCUGCAUCCGCGAGGUCCGCACCGGCAAGAGCACCGAGACCUUCCUCCACAACGGGCCUCUGUCCGAACACCUGGCCGAGGAGGCGGCCUUCUCCAUCAUCCACGGGGACGAGUACCAGUCCCUGGACCUGGUGGCGCUGUCGGCCGACGUGGCCAACAUCUGGGUGACGGGCCUGCGCUUCCUGGUGGCCCACCCCUCCAUCGUCGGGGGCCCCGGGGCCGGCCUGGGCGAGAUGGGGGGCUACGUGGUGGAGGGCAGCCCCGGCAGCAGGAUGAGGAGCGAGUGGCUGGCGGCCGAGUUCGCCCAGGUGGACGCCGACGGCAACGGCGUGGUCACGGAGAACGUGGCGGUGGCUGCCAUCUGCAAGCUCUGCCCCGGCAUCAAGGAAGCCAAGGUGCGGCAGCGCUUCAAGGAGAUCCAGUGCGCCAAGGAGAAGCUGACGUCGCACGUGACGCGCGAGGAGUUCCAGGAGGCCUUCUGCGAGCUGUGCACCCGGCCCGACGUCUACUUCCUGCUGGUGCAGCUCUCCAAGGACCGCGAGUGCCUGGACGUGCAGGACCUGCGUCUGUUCCUGGAGUCGGAGCAGGGCCUGUCCCUGGCCACGGCCGAGGGCUGCCUGCAGCUGCUGCGGCGCUACGAGCCGUCGGCGCAGGGCCGCGAGCGCGGGGUGCUGGGGCUGGACGGCUUCGCCCGCUACCUGCAGUCGGCCGAGUGCCACCUGAUGGACCCCGAGCACCAGGCCGUGUGCCAGGACAUGAACCUGCCCCUGUCCCAUUACUACAUCAGUGCCUCGUACCGCUCCUACCUGCUGGACGACCAGGUCCACGGCCGGGCUGACCUGGGAGGCCUCACCAAGGCCCUGCAGGCCGGCUGCCGAUGCCUGGAGCUGGGAGUCACCGACGGCCCGGAGGGAGAGCCCCUCCUGGGGGUGGACUACGGCCCCGAGGCCCCCCGCCACCACCACCACCACCACCACCACCACCACCACCACCACCCCCACCACCACCCCCACCACCACGCCCCCGUCACCAUCCGCUCAGCCCUGGAGGUGGUCAACAAGUACGCCUUCCUCACCUCCCCGUACCCCCUGCUGCUGUACCUCUGCCAGCGCUGCUCCCCGGCCCAGCAGCGCGUGCUGGCGCAGCACCUGAAGAAGGUGUUCGGCUCCCGGCUGUACGGCGCCGACGCCCUGACGGUGGGCCCGGCGGGGGGGCGCGCCCCGCCCCUGCCCUCCCCGGAGCAGCUGAAGGGGCGCAUCCUGCUGGUGGGGAAGAAGCUCUCCCCGGAGGAGGACGGCUCCGAGGGGGAGGUGUCAGAGGAGGACGAGGAGAUAGGAGGAGGGGGGCCGCUGGCGGGCCGGCGGAUGACCAUCCCCGGCGAGGAGGAGCUGGGCGUGGUGCUGGUGGUGCCGCCGCCCCCUCAGCCCAGGAGGCUCCGCCUCUGCCGGGAGCUGUCGGACCUGGUGAGCGUGGCGCGGACGGGCAGCCGCAGCUUCUACGCCCAGAGGGGCCACCCCAAGCAGCGCCAGUCGCCGCCGAGCAGCCCCUCCUCCCCUUGCACCCCGCUGCCCCCUGAGCCUCCCUACUGGACGCUGUGCUCCCUGGGGGAGGGCGAGGCCGGCCGCCUCACCAGCGAGACCCCUGAGGAGCUGGUGGUGUUCACCAAGCGCACGCUGAGCCGCGUCAGGCCCAGCUCGGUGCGGCUGGACUCCAGCAACCCCAACCCCCAGGGCUACUGGAAGGGAGGGGUCCAGCUGGUGGCCCUGAACCAGCAGACCCCCGGGGCCAUGCUGGACCUCCACCGCGGGCGCUUCUCCGUGAACGGCGGCUGCGGCUACGUGCUGCGCCCCGGCGUCAUGAGGGAGGAGGUGUCGUACUUCAGCGCCCACACGCAGGGCUGCGUGCCCGGGGUGCCCCCGCAGACACUGCGGAUCAAGGUGAUCAGCGCCCACAACCUGCCCAAGCCUCAGGGCGCGGGGGCCAAGGGGGAGGUGAUCGACCCCUACGUGGUGCUGGAGCUCCACGGGGUGCCGGCCGACUGCGCCGAGCAGCGCACCCGCACAGCCGCGCAGAACCAGGACGACCCCCUCUUCGACGAGACCUUCGAGUUUCAGGUGAACAUGCCGGAGCUGGCUCUGCUGCGCUUCGUGGUGCUGGACGACGACUACAUCGGUGACGACUUCAUCGGCCAGUACAGCGUGGCCUUCGAGUGCCUCCAGCCGGGCUACCGCAGCGUCUCCCUGCUGGGGCUGGCGGGAGACCCCCUGCCCCACGCCAGCCUGUUCGUGCACGUGGCCGUCACCAACCGGCGCGGCGGGGGCAAGGCCCAGCGGCGGGGCCUGUCGGUGAGGAGGGUGGGCCGGCGCGGCCGGGAGUACGUCUCCCUGAGGCACACGGGCAUCAAGGUGGUGGACGAGGGCUUCAAGCCCGCCUCGGGGCCCCUGCGGGAGGCCACGGACCUACGGGAGGACGCCCAGAGCGCCACGGUGAGCUUCAAGGAGCAGUGCGGGCUCCCCCCGGUGGCCAAGCUGAAGCAGUGCAUUGAGAGCCUGGCCACGCGGCUGCAGAGCGCCGAGGGCAGCGUGGGGGCGGUGAUGGUGCUGAAGGAGGGCUACCCCUGUCUGGAGCCCCUGCACACGCUGCCCGAGCCCACGCGCAAAGUGCUCACCGCCUACGACGCGAUGAUUGCAGCCCAGAAGCAGCUGAUAGAGAACGCGGAUGUGGUUCAGGAGAGGAUAGCCCAGGUGCAGAGAGAAGUUCACGAGGUACUCUCUCGACUGGGGGAGAAGGAAGGCCUGAAAGGACGCAAGCAGUGCAAGGCUGUGGAGAGCUUCACUUGGGACAUCACCGUGCUUAAGGGUCACUGUGACCUUCUGCGAGGGGCCAAGGUGGACUCUCUGGACGUGCUGCGGCAGCUGGCGCUGGCCUCGGAGGCGUGCGGCCUCACAUGCUCCACCUCCUCCUCCUCCACCACCUCCUCCUCCGCUGUGGCCGAGCUCCACCACACCUCCCACCAGACGGCUGGACGCAGGGGCAGCUCCCAUGGCAACGGACGCAUCUGAGUCCGACCGCCUCCCAGACCCUGAUUCUCCUCUCUCUCGCUCUCUCUCUCUCUCUCUCUCUCUCUCUCGCUCACUUUCUCUGUCUGUCUGUCUCUCUUUCGAUCCCCCUCCCUCUCUCUCUCUCUCACCCCCGUCUCCAUCAUCUGGGUGCUAGCGUGUAGGAGGAAAUGAAGUGAAGUCGAAGCUAUGACUGAAGUUGGACACUUUAGAUUGACGCAAUUAUAUCAUCUUUCUCGUAGGCGUUAUUGAGAGACUUGGAGAGAGAGGCCGAGAGACCUACAAAAACAGGAGAGAGAGAGAGACGGAUAUACUCUUCAACAGAGAGAUCAACAGAGAAUGUAAGGCGGGGGAUGUUGUCUCUUUUCCAGCUGUGCCACAGCCGUGUGUUGUGCAUGUGUGGCGAGACCAGCGGGACAAGAAGAGUGUAACCCUUUAAAGCCUUAGGCCCGGGGGGAGACCAGAAACGGCCCGGUCCGGUCCACGGCUUCCUGAUGAAUGUCCUGUUGAACUACUGUGAUGGACGAAAUACUGAACUAAACGAGUAAUAAGCAUCGACCCACUGCCGAGAUUUGUCCCCCAGGGGGUCGAAGGCCGUCGGCAUGAAGGAAUACCAAGCGGGGCAUAAGACACGGUGGCCCAGUCUGGCCUGUGUUUCAUCCCUCCCGACAGAGGCUGCGUGGUGGUACCCGUUCUUAUGCUCCUGUGUGGAACUGCGUCUACAAAAGCACGGUUGAUUCAUGAUUAUUGUAAUGAUUGAUCGAUGGGAGACAACCCCCACACAGCCACCACCGACACACAGAAACGAUAAAAUCCACAGACACACACACACACACACACACAUACGCACACAAACAAACACACACACACACUCGUUCGCACACAUGCACAUGGAGGGAUAGAUAAUACUGGUAGAAUGUGAGGUGUCUUAGAGAUGUCCAACGUUUAAACUGUGAUCGGUACAGCUAACAUUCUUCUUCCUUGUUAUUGUUUGAGAUUGGACCAAUAGAGGCCGUCUGUCCUACAGCGCUCGCCUGUGUCAAACGUGCCCCACUAUUAACAGCACUGUUCCCACCAAGUUUCAAAUAGCCUAACAAGCACAGGAGCACAAACGCACACAUACACACAUACUCAAAACACACACACUUCUCAGAAAUAACUUUUUGUGUCUCUUGUUAACUCUACCAGCAGGGACCUUUGACCCUGUCAGGUUUCCAGAAUUUAGGGGAUUGACGUGUGUGUUUGUUUGUGUGUGUGUGGGGUGGGGGGGGGGG